AUGGAUUCAUCUCAGACAUUGCUGAGUGCAGAUAUCAAGUUCCUGGACACACGACUCGCUCUCCUUCACAUCCCGUUACAUCUUUACAGCAACUUCCUUCAAGCCAUCCUUCGACUAGUGUUGCCGACUGCACCAUGUGAUAGCAGUAUCGGUGAUGGUAACGGUGCUGUCCAGCCGCCUGAUGGCUGGGAUGAUGAGCACCCUUUCAUCAACAUCUCAGUAACGCCAGUCGAAUGUUCAGUCGUCUGCUCUCGGAAACUUGUAGACGAACUCUUUGUUCCUGUCCUCAAUCUACUAGAUGUCACUUCAAGGAACCAAAUCCAUAUCACCACAGAAGACUUUGUGGUAAUGCAGAUCGAUGGUGAGGGCCUCGAUGCAGACCGUCGUGUUUUGGAGUUGACCGGACCUCUCGCUUUAGCUGGCAUAUCGAUCUUUUUCAUCACAACUUACUUCUUAGACUACAUCCUCGUCCCAUCACGUUAUCGCAACAAAGUUAUCCAGGCUCUAGAAGACAAGGGUCUACAUUUUGAGGAUCAAACCUCAUCGUACAUCAACCCCAACCACCACAGUCGCAAGCCGUCGGUAACGACUUUUGAAGUCCAGCCGCCUGGCACACCUCCCCCAGCAACCGUCUCGGAAUUACAAGUACGCACAUUCGCCACGCUCAAACGCCGCAACAUCGUCCCCACUGUCGACUCACAGAUUCGCCUUGUGCAGUGCGGCAGUCGUCGAGACAGCCAGAGCAACGGCUCAACAAAUCCUGCAGCGGACGCAUUGCACCUCGGCCUUGUAAAAUGCCUCAUCUCACCUCCCUGCCCAAAAUUCUUAUCACUCACGCUAGCCGACAGCGAACCUGCAUCGCUCCUCAUCGAUCACACACUGCUGGCGAACUUCUCGCCAAACGUCCUGAUGGGAUCGAAGGACGAGUAUCUUAUCCCAAUCACGCUGGACCUCCGUGAUCUUCCCGCGGAGAGCACAGGCAUCGUGUGCGGCGUUGCAGGGCGCUUGGUUGGAGAGACGUCUGAAGGAUUCCAGAAACCUGUUGAGAUGAGCUAUCUUAGUACAGCAAGAGCGGGGACUGUGAUGGUUCAGGAGCAUGAGUUGGAGCGUGCGUUGGAAGCUUUGCGCGGUGCGGAGAAUGGUGUGCUAUCGAUACCAGACUGA